CAAAACUUAAGAAUAUAAUUUGAGAGAAUGAAGGGUUUUGGAAUUGUAGUUCUUCUGGUUUUGCAAUCUCUUCUUGCUUUUGCCUUUGAUCCCAGCCCUUUGCAAGAUUUUUGUGUGGCAAUUAAUGAUGACAGAUCUCCUGUGUUUGUUAAUGGCAAGUUUUGCAAAGACCCGAAGUUCGUAGUGGCAAACGAUUUCUUAUUCCAAGGACUCAACAUCCCCGGAAACACCGAGAAUCCAAAUGGCUCAAAUGUCACCUUGGUUAACGUCGACAAGCUACCUGGACUCAACACUCUUGGCAUCUCCUUGGCUCGCAUUGACUACGCUCCCUAUGGCUUGAACCCACCUCACACCCACCCACGAGCCACUGAAAUUCUCGUGGUUGUAGAAGGCACUCUCCUCGUUGGCUUCGUCACCUCCAAUCCAGACAACAAACUUUUCACCAAACUUCUCUACAAAGGAGACGUGUUCGUGUUUCCUAUCGGUCUCAUUCACUUCCAGUUCAACGUCGGGCGUACACCAGCGCUUGCUUUCGCUGGACUCGGCAGCCAAAACCCAGGAGCUAUCACUAUUGCCAAUGCUGUGUUUGGAUCCAACCCUCCAAUAUCUGUUGAUGUUCUUACAAAAGCUUUCCGAUUGAAUGAGGAUGUUGUUACUUAUCUUCAGCGGCAAUUCAGGCCAUCUAGUUACUAAAUAAGUUUAAUUAAGUCCAAAUGGAAAAGUAGUCUAUCUAUGGGCUUAUGUUUGCCAUCCCUUAAAUCUUCAACUUUGAAAUAAAAGGGUUGUCUUGUUUUAAUUU